UUUUCCCUAUGGGACGCUUUUGCAGAUCUCCUCUCUUACUACGUUGGCCCCUACCAAGCAUACUGCUUGUCGAAGCUAGUUCUCUCGGUGUAUAUCGAACAGUUGUCUCAGCAUCGGCCACAACGCAUUGCAACUAUGCAUCCUGGAGUGGUACCUGGAACCCUUUAUCGUCACAACAAUAUGCUUGUGAAAUUCGUGUCUUACUUCAUUCUGCCCUUUUUCCUGAGGAGACCCACAUUCAGCGCUCUGCUAAUAGUUCACACAGCCUUGCGUGAUGAUCUUGUUACCGGGUCAUACUACGAGGAUGGUGAAGCGAAAAGACUCGGAGACAGACUCACGGAGAAGGACAAGCAAUCCAUCUAUGAGUGUGUUCAAAGGCAAGUCCAGGACUGGUCACGACUAGAAGACUAA